GGACCCACUACCAACAAAUCAGCCUAGCUUCUAGUAUACCAUGUCUGGUUCCUUCAGUGUCAGCGCUAUGAAGAUGGUGAUUCAACAGCUCUGGCUAGGGGCCAGGCUCAACCAGGUGAAGGUUUCCCAUGCAGCUACAGAUUUUAAACAAUUCUGUCUGCAGAAUGCUCAACAUGACCCCCUGCUGACUGGAGUAUCUUCAAAUAUCAAUCUUUUCAGACUUCAGAAUGUCUGUUCCUUUUUGUAGUGAAAUGAAUAUUUGAAGGUGUUCUGAACCACUUUUCAUGAACCAGUGAAUAUUCAAAGAGCUAAAUUUGAAACCUAUACAAAAAGUUUAUCCCUGUAACACCUGCCACACUAUACAAACUUCUGCUUUUGUCUGUCCUUAACAUCUACCUCUCUGGAUUUUCAUGAGUUUUUAUUUCACAAGGAUGGUUAUUUUAUAUACAUUGGCAGCAGCAUACAAAUAAAUACUUAGUGUAAAA